UGACGUCCUCCGCGCCGUGGCGCCCGCGCUCCCGCCUGCAGUGGGGCCGCCCUCCCGAAAGUCCCAAAGUGUCGCGCGGAGCCCGCCGAGGCGUGGCCGAGUCCGGGGCCCCCCGGGAGGGCCGCCCCCGGCGGAGCCCCAGCCCGGCGAACGAGUGGCGAGGCUCCGGGACGUACCAUGGGCUCGGGACCCCGGCGCCCCGCACAGGCCACCGCCGGGUCGCAGGAGUAGCCGAGGUGGGCGGGGAGCCGGCCGACCCCGCGCGCGUCUCUCCAUGAAGAUUCUUGCGCUUUCUCUGAAGAAAGGAGUGCAUAUGCUGCAGUGCCUCUGUGGAAGGAGCCUGAGGUCCAGCGACAGCCCUAGCGAACCCCAGCUGAAAGGGAUUGUGACAAGGUUAUUCAGCCAGCAGGGAUAUUUCCUGCAGAUGCAUCCAGAUGGUACCAUUGAUGGAACCAAGGACGAAAACAGCGACUACACCCUCUUCAAUCUAAUUCCUGUGGGACUGCGGGUGGUGGCCAUCCAAGGUGUGAAGGCCAGUCUCUAUGUGGCCAUGAAUGGGGAAGGCUAUCUCUACAGCUCAGACGUUUUUACCCCAGAAUGCAAAUUUAAGGAGUCUGUGUUUGAAAACUACUAUGUGAUCUAUUCUUCAACCCUGUAUCGCCAGCAGGAAUCAGGGCGUGCAUGGUUUCUAGGACUCAAUAAAGAAGGUCAAAUCAUGAAGGGGAACAGAGUGAAGAAAACCAAGCCCUCAUCUCAUUUUGUACCAAAACCUAUUGAAGUGUGUAUGUACAGAGAACCGUCACUACAUGAAAUUGGAGAAAAGCAAGGACGUUCGAGGAAAAGUUCAGGAACACCCACCAUGAAUGGAGGCAAAGUUGUGAAUCAAGACUCUACAUAGCUGAAAACUCAUCUUAUUCUUCCCUUUCCACCCUCUCCCUUCUCUUUCCUUCCCUUUCCCCAUUUUCUCCAAUAAAUUCACCCCAACAAAAGAAAAAUAAUAAAAUGGCAUCACAGGACUUAGUAGCUGAGAUUCUGCACUCAAAAAUCUUCCUUUGUGUAGGACAAGAAAAUUGAACCAAAGCUUGCCUGUUGCAAUGUGGUAGAAAAUUCACAUGCAUAACAAUUAUCUUACAUAAAAGCAAAGAAAAAUGAAUCAGGACACUAAAGUUAACUGUGCUGUUAUUAACAGAGGGCUAAUUGUAAAUAAAGACACAGCUGUAAUGCAGACAAAAUACAGUCACUGAAUGGAUGGAAAAGGUUUCUAGAAAGCCACUUAGAAGAUGUUGUUGGACCUUAAAUCCUUUUAAGUUCUAGAGAAUUCUGUGAUGUGCAGUUUUGUUUCAUGUUUGUAUUUUCUUUAGACUUCUGUAAAUGAUACACAAUCACCUCCUGUUUUCAGGAUAUCAUCUCAAUCCUAAAAUUGAACUUGUCAAAAUUAUAUUCUUCUAUUGUCUAUCAGACAUAUAUCUAAUGUCUAUCAGUCAGGGGCCAUUUAGUAUGAAGAAAAGUUUUAAACAUUAUUCUUGAUGUUGACAAUAUUUUUUUUAUUUUAGAAAAUGAAAUUUUGUGUUGAAUUUAAUUAUAUUAGCUCUUUUAAUUUCUUUUGUAAAGAGUUUCUCCUAAGGGAAUAUCGUAUUUUUCUCUGGGUAUUGAUCUAGGAUUUCACUAUUUUUUUUUUAGACAUUUAGGGAAAAGGGUUUUAUUGUAUUUCUGAGGAGGUAUAAAAACCCGCUGCCAUUGCUGUAUCUGGUGAAGAAGCACUGGCUUCUAGCCUUUUCCAUUCAGUCUUACUGUUGAUUUGUGGGUACUUUUGAGUGUGUAUGUGCAUAUCUAGCUGCCAUAGAAAGUUGUUCUUUUUUGCCAUGUCUUGCAGCAGGGAAGAAGGAAGGUGGGUUUUACCUGAGGAAUAGGGCUGGGAUAUCAAGUCAAAGCAAAUUUAAUCGCCUUUUUAUGUUUCCAGAAUUUUGUGUGUAGACUGCUUUCCAAACUCUAUGAAAAACCGGGAGACUUAUUAGUGAAAUUCCUGACUUACCAUAUAUGAGGGCAGUAGUUCGCUUGUAUUAUCCACAUUGACAAGUCUAGUUUCUGUGUUCUAGAAAACAGAAGAUAACUAAUUAAACAUGGAAUGUUCAAGGGACUGUGAGAAAAAAAAUUAACAGCUUUGAUUUCAAUAGACAGAGUUUUGGUGGUGGGUUUGUGUAGUGAAAACGAACUCCAUGUAAGAGCAAGCAAACACACUGUUAGGAUUACUGAAGGACUAGGAAACGUUAACAAAGGCAUGAAGUUAUACCAUGGCAUUGGAAUUACUAGAUCUACUUAGGCCUGGAAACCUGAAUGAUAUAGAAACAUCCAAAUUCAAACAAAACAAACCAGAACGUUUAAAAUGUUUGCAGAUUUAUGGGUAUCAUAAUGAGAAGACUCAGCAUGUAACUUUUUCCUAUAUAUCUACUGUCCAGCAUGUAUUACUCCAACUAUGACUUCCUAAAAUGCACACUUUGCAGAAGAUCUAGGUUCUCACCUCAAACCUUUCCACUGGUUGCUGUAUUCUUUUAAGGUCAAUGUAGUGUCUCCCCUCUACACAAUCAUUAUUCUUCAGUGUGAUUCUUGUCCUAUCAAGUAUCCUAUUUAUGUUCUCGGAACAAUGACAGGAAAUGAACUGGAGGAAUUUUCCUAUAAAGCUAGGAAGAAUAGCAGUUAUGCACAGAGGUCAGGCUUUUAAAGACAUUUGAAAUCAGAAUAUAAGGAAAGUAACAGAUACAUUUAAUUUUUAUAUAAGGAAUAUUGCUUUCUAGGGAAAGAGAAUAACCAUGUAAAGACACAAAAUCAGAAGAUGUAUUCAUUGUCACUGCUGAUCCAACUUAAUUAUAAAUACACCUGUCACUUCCAGGACCAAACACGUCCCAAGCACAAGGCCUUAUUUUCUUUGAAACAAAAUAAUAAAUAAAGAGGCUUCAACAAAAAUGGGUCAUGGGAUCUUCUAGGGGGAAGCGCCUGGAGGUCUAAAGGUGAUAUGUUUACUCAACCAUAAUGCAGUUGAGGGCCCACAGGAAAUGCAAUUGGUGGAAGUCACAGUUGCCCAUCUCACCGAUGAUUUCAUGAUAGAAAUUCAAUCAUGUUGUUUAUGAAAAUAUAAUCUGAUAUCAAUCUCUAAUAAAAUCCCUUCUCUAUUUUCAGUGGUUGUCAAUCAUUCAUCAUACAGACACACCUUUGUCCCCAUCCCAUCAGUAGAUAAAAAGACCACUCCAUUUGUCUUCAGUUUUCCCUCCACACUGUGCUUAUAGCAAAUGUAAUGUGUUUUGGAAAUUAACUUUGCUUCCUUUACAACUGAUUUCCAGAACAAGUUGAAAGUCUUACAUUUUUUUCUAUUCAUAAACCAGGAAAAAAGUGUGGUUUAGGGCACGGGGCGAACAUUUGUUUACUCUCUGGUUGCUUUGUAAAUACAUUAAAACCAUAGAUAGAAUCAAUACUCACUGCCUUAAGUCUUAAAAUACAUGAAGAAAUAUAAGCAUAUAACUAUCCAAUUUUACUUAAAAACAUGAGCCAGUGUCUAUGGUUGUCUUUCAGCUUUUUUUUCCAAGUAUGGCAGUUCUUUACUGUGCUAGUCUCUGUACUCCUUCCUGACUUCAACUCAUCUAUCACCUGGUUUUCUUUCAUUUCAAUAAGGAUUUGCUUCUUGUUGCUUCCAAAACGAUGCAAGACUAUAUUUCCAGGGAAGAACUCCAGUAGAGAACUCUAGGAAACCUUAUGUUUUGACUGAAUGGUCUUAAUCAUGGAAACAAAAUGCCGCGAGUCUCACAAAAUGGCUUUUUGGUCAAUAUUCUGUACUUGAUAUUUUAACUAGAUGUUUGAGGCCUAGAAACAAAUGGUGCUGAAGUUCCACCUGCUAACGUUGAGACCUUGUGCUUCAGAAGACUAAACACAGUGAGCCACUUUUUUCCUGAUCAUAGUGAUAGUUUUGGUUUUGAAUUAUAUAUGUGAAGUUCAUAAAACAUUUUUAGCCAUUAAGGAUUGGCACAGUGACUAGACACCCAUGUACUAUAAUGCGAUUCUUUAUGGACCUCAUUCUUAUUCAAACACCUAUACAGAAUAACUCUUCUACCUAGGAAAAUGGCAAUCCUGCUGCUAGGUAUUUUUUCUCAGUUGACGAUUCUGUCAUGCCACAGAGAAGUGUUGAGAGUAUUGAAACAAGAGGAAGGGAUGGAGUGGAACUUGGUUGUUGUGUUAAAUUGUCUUUAGGUCCAGUCUGGGACCCCUGGUUGCUUAGAUAAGAAGCAUGACUACUUUGACAGUGAUUUGUGUUUUAAAACAUCAAACCAGAAAUAGAAAUUCUAUCCUCAUACCCUGGUGUUUAGUAUACAAAACCUUGCUUUUGGGAAGACUUCCCAUGAAGUUGCUUGAUUUCUUCUGCACAAGAUGAGACACAGUCAAGCUUAAAAAUUCCUGUUCAUUUUAAUGCCAUUAAAGGUUGGAUUUAUUACUGUGUCAUAGAUUGUAAAUAGCAUUUUUAAGCCAGAAUCACAUUUAAAACUGUGGAUUGUUCUACAAAUAUAUAUGUGUAUAUAUACAUAUGCUUCUGAAAUGAGGAUAUAUUAUAUAAAGUUUUUAUUUGAUCUGUGGACUUUCAUUAGGUAGUCAAAAAUAAAGAGAUUUGAAUGCAAAACUUUAUAUAUAUAAAUGUAUAUUUCUAAUGAUAGCAAAAAUUGCCACUUUAUAAGAAAAAGAGUCAAGUGGGAACAAUACUAAAGCACAUGCUCCUUCAGAAUGUUGAUGAGUUUUAACCCCCUCUGAUGCAGUGAUAAUACUUUAAUGUCAAACAUUUCUUGGAAAGCUAUAAUUCCCAAUAGAAAUCCUAACCUGAGGUUUGAUAGAUGGUUGAGAGAUGGGGAGAGGAAGUGAAAUACUGAUCUUUAUCAGGGCACUUUGGAGACCAUAUUUAAAACCAAUAUUUAAAUCCAGAUUGAGUGUAAAUUGCUAAUGUCCAGGGAUGAUAUAUUGCGCUUCAAUGACAAAUAAAAGCAGAAAAGAGAAUACUUACCAUUAUAACAGCAUUGAACUCAUGUAAUGAACUUGCAUCAUUAGUUUUACUAGCUGGAAACAAGGAGCUGUUGUUUCUUUGUCUUUGCUCCAAGCACAAUUUAAUGGCAGUAGCAUUCAUUUUACUCAAAGUCGUUUAAAAAUCUGAAAUAUAUAGUAACAAGUACAGUCAUUAUUAGCUCCAUUUCAAGGUUAACUGUUAUAAUCUUAAUAAAUGAUUGACACUCAGCUGUUAAUAAACAUGUUAUAUGAGAAACCAAGCAGAUUAAUAUUUGUUUUCAUUAAAGCACAGUUUAUUUAAGUCAUUGGUUUUUUUUUUUUGAGAUCAGCUUUGUAAACUGUUUAUACAUCUCAACCUUCCUGAAGUGAAAAGAAAUUAAAAUCUUGAGAUCUCAUGCAUGUAGAGUAUUGGCACUUUCUUUAAAAAAAAUUAAACUUCACUGAGAAGUCUCUCUUUUUCUUUUAGUGUGUCU